AUGAUUGGUCUUUUGUUAAUCAUCUUGCUUAUUCUUUGCAUCUAUAUAGCAAAGAAUCUGCUGGAAAAUGACCCAAUGCCUUUAAAUGGCAGGUAUUCUGUUCCAGGGAGAUGGUAUGAAUUGAAAAAAAUAACAUUUAUAAUCCUUUACCAUAGUUUCAGGUGGACGAAUUGGAAGGACAAUCAUGAAUUUGCCUUGGAGAGAAAGAACUUGGUGACGCGCCGCAGAGGAGAAGAAGAGAUAUAUAUCGGAACUGGUGGACUUGAAAGCAGAGAGCUCCAGUCACUGCUGGGUUCCAACUUGGAACAAAUGGAAUAUCUUCCAAAUUUACUCAACCACCCACAGGCUACUGAUGCAGUACAUUUUAUGGGAUUCAGUGAAACAGAUAAAACCUUAUUUAUGCUAAGUAUUGGCCAAAGACCAAAAGGCUUGUGCGAAAUCUGGCUGUUCCUUAGAGUCGAUGGAAUUGGAAUCUUUGAGUCUCCAGUCCAACUUGAUGCACUUGUAAGUGCGGAGAGUGAGAAAUGUUGGCGUGGAGGUGGUCUAAAACUGGAAUGUCUUGAAUCACAUCGUCGAUGGCACAUUUCUUUCAAUGGGCUUUUGAGAAAGCCACACAAGUGGAAUGAAGAAGGAGAAGAAUUUCUCCAUGUCAAGUUUGGAUUUAUCUGGUCAGCUUUCUCCAGUGUGUUUGAUUUUAAAAACGAUAUUCACCCCUGUGCACUUGCUCAGGGUUUUGCGAAUGAGAAGUGGAACAGACAAUUCGCUGUAAAUCUGGCUAUGUUCCAGCAGCAACUGUCUCACUAUGAACAGUGGGGUCAGUUUGUGGGGGAUCUAGAAAUUGAGGGACAUGAGAAGAAAGAGCUUCCGCUGAGAGGACCAAAGAGCCGUUUAUCUGGAAUCUGGAAUUGGUCUGUUAUCUAUCGCUAUGUGGCAUUUAUUGUGCACUUUGAGACUGGAAUAUCUGUGCAUUUGCUGUGCAUUUCCUUUCAAAACUCUAUCACACAUAUGAAUAUAGGCUAUGUUACAUUUCCAAAUGGGAAAAAGGCUGGGAUUAGCUGGUCAGAUGCUUCUUUGGCUGACAUUGCUGAUGAUGGCAUCAUUGAAAACAUCUACCAAAUAAAAUUUACAUCAGAUGGAAAACAUUAUAAUCUGACAGUAAAGGUGGACAAGAGUGUUUGUCCUGUGCAGGAUACUGGAUUAGACUGGGAAGGCAAAAUCUACAACUAUACAGCUGACUACCGCUUGAAUGUAAUUACUCGAGGAAGUGGAUUAAUUCAACUUUAUUAUCUAAAUGAAAAUGGACGUCAGGUUCCAGAUUUAGUUCCAGUGGAAAGAUUCCAAGAACCUGUGGUGCCAGCGUGCUCCAAGUUGGUUUUGGCAUUUUCUGAUGAAGCUUGCCAGUGUGCCAAGGUGGUGGGUGGCAAAGGAGCACAGCUGGCACAGCUGACCAAAAUGCAGAAACGUUUUGAAUGUCAGUUUUCUGUACCCAAAGGCCUUUGUGUCACUAUUGAAGCUCUGAAAUUCCAGAUGAGAGUGGACAACAGUCUCCAGGAAGCUGUGGCAGAGUUAAACAAUGUAGCUUGCACGAUAAAGAAAGGAAACCUUCAGGAACUUUGCAACAGAUGUAUUGAGUUGUUCAGAGGCACCAAACUGGCUCCAGAGAUAGAAAGUGCCAUUCGUGAUCAGCUGGCUGAACUGAAGCUGCUGGGAACCGAGGAGCGAUUGGCCAUCAGGUCCAGUGCAGCUGGGGAGGACACAGAGGAUUCGUCCGCUGCUGGGCAGCUUAGCACCGAACUGGGGUUGAAGGGCUUUGACCAGGUGUGUGAUGCUGUUCGAAAAUGCUGGGCCUCUCUCUACUCUUUCCAAGCUGUGCAAUAUCGCAGGCAGCGGGGACAACCCGUACCAUCGAACAUGGGUGUGGUCAUCCAACAGAUGGUAGCAGCCCAGACAGCAGGUGUAAUGUUUACCUGUGAUCCUCUCACUGGACAUCCAGGCAGGUUGAUUAUCAAUGCAAAUUACGGUCUGGGAGAGUCUGUAGUUAGUGGCAGUGUGAUGCCAGACACCAUCAUCCUCUCCCACAGUCGUAACGGUUCAUGCCAAAUCAUCAAGGAGGAAACAGGAUCAAAGAAGCAGCAAGUGGUGCAAGCUCUUGAAGGUGGGGUUGUGUAUGAAAAUACCAUAACAUCACAAACUACGCAGUGCUGUAUCAGUGAGGAGAGCAUUCUGCAGUUAGGACAAGUGGCACUUCAGAUUCAGAAAUUUCUUGGCAACUCAAAAGAUAUCGAAUGGGCAAUAAAAGACACACACAUAUAUUUACUUCAGGCGAGGCCAGUGACAACUCUUGAUGCUCCGUCUGAGUUUGAGCUGAUGCACGAGUUUGAUUCUCCCUUUCCAACAGACUACGCAUGGAUUACUAACACCAAUGUGGGUGAAGUUUUCCCAGGAGCUGCUACACCUCUAACCCUGAGCACCUUUGUCAAAGCCAUCGAUUAUGCAUCCUGGUGA